AUGUCCGAUUUCUCAGGUCUGUCUCUGAAAGGAAAAACGGCCAUUGUCACCGGAGCUUCCAGGGGUCUCGGGGCCGGUAUUGCUACCCUUCUCGCUAAGCGCGGAGCGAACGUGGUUGUCAACUACGUCUCCGAUAGCAGCCAGAAAAGAGCCCAAGAGGUAGUAGAUAAGAUAACCGAGAUUGGAACAAAAGCUAUUUUGUGCCAGGCUAGCGUCAGCAAUCUGGAUGAGAUUCCAAGAUUGGUUGAGGCAGCGCUGAAGAUCAGCGAGACUGGGAAAAUUGAUAUCCUGAUCCACAAUGCCGCACAAGGGCUCGAGGCAAACCUCAUAGACACCACACCUGAGUUCUACAAUGUUCACUUCGACUGCAAUGUGCGCGGUCCUAUUUUCCUUACCAAGGCGGUUGUACCUCACUUGCCCCGGGGCGGUCGUAUUGUUUUCAUUUCGUCGGCAGGUGCACGCUUGGGUGUAGCUGGACAGACCGUGUAUGCUGCCACUAAGGCGGCGAACGAGGCACUUGUUCGUGUUUGGGCAAAGGAACUUGGUCACUCACACGGUAUCACCGUGAAUUGUGUGAAUCCUGGGCCGAUUGCAACUGAUCAAUGGUUCCAGAGCGAUGAACAGUUCCUCAAGGACAUGCAGCCCUUGAUCGAAUCCACCCCGGCGGCACCACGGGUAGGUGAGGUCGACGAUGUCGCUCCGUUGGUUGCUUUCCUAUGCAGCGAGGAUGCGAAGUGGACGACUGGAUCAUGCCUCUCUGCCAACGGUGGUCUUUACAACUAG